AUGCACCGUGAGCAGGCGCCGCAAUCAUACUCAGCACUUGAGACGCUUGUGUUAAAUCUCAGAAAUCAUGACGGUGGGGAGAUAUCACACAAAGUCCAGGAUGACCAUACAACUCUCCUAGAAGAACUCAGGGAUCGAGUCGAUGCUCUAGCGCCUUCGAUGAACCGACAGGAUGCACAUUUUGCGCAAGUCAUAGUGUCGCUCCUUUUGGACUUGGACCAGUUGCCUGCGGUUUCUCCUCCUUUGGAUUCAGCCCCUCAGGCAUCUUCUUCCGCUUCUCCUGGCCUUAUCGAUCGACAUCCCGCUGAACUCAUAAGUACCCUCAAAAAGCAACUUGGCGAUCUACAGUUGGAACGGAAGGCAGGGGCAAGCAUUAUCUCCCCGCAAUCCCCAGUACAGACUGUACAAACCGCGCUGCUUUGGUCCAAGAUCGACCGCAAACUAGAAACAGUAACAGCACUUUGUAAAGAUCGCGCCGAUUCCCACCGUCCCUCCCCCCUAGAUCACCUCCCCCCUCAAUAUGACCACGUAGACCACGACUUCGAGACACCCCCGGAAUAUGACGCUGAGUAUCAAUCAUCUUCCGAGAAGGCUGGCAUGCAUCCACCAAGGUCGAUACCAUCUCCCAGCAUCUCCAACGAGAAACUGCGCAUGGAUUUUGAUGCUGUGACGCUGGCAAUCGAGCGUCUGUACCUCGUUGCACCCCAGCUACACAACCAACGAGUGGAGUUGAAGAGCUCCAAGCUCGCCCAAAUGGAGCGCGCACGACUUGAAGGUCCUAAAGUCCAGCCUUCCAUAGCUAAGGGGAAGCAGAAAGCUCAUGAUCGGGAUAUGCGCGACCUUGACCACAUGCUUGAGCUCCUCGGGAAAGCAUCAGACCGCAAGUUGACUGAUCAAUCGGUUAUCAUGGAUAGCAGACGGAUGAUCAGGCUCAGGGAAGCAAAACAGCUGUACGAGGAUCAGCGAGGCGCAUUCGUCGAUCAUCUUGUCCAACGUUCGGGAGCUGGGAGAUUACAUGAUCAAGAUGCCAUCUUGCAACCCAAAGUCAAAGCACUGGAUGAGCUUGUCACGCUCCCGGAGUUCAUCCGCGAAACAAUGUCGAGUAUCCCUCACGGGUCACAUCAUCAAACGAUGUCCUCUUCUGGAGAUGUACCUGAUGACAAGCCGGUCCCAGACAUUUCAACAACAGGCCACAAGAAGUCACGCAGUCGAAGUAUAUCUGCCCCACAAUGGUUGCGCCCUGCAGCGGAACUUAGCCGACGGCUGUCUAAGAGCUCCAGCAGACCGGGCUCGUCCCAUGGACAGAGCUGUGCAGGGGGCAUCGCACUCGAUGUUUCCUAUGUCGCCGAAUAUCACGAGACCUUGAAACAUGUCCUGGUCUUCGUGACAGUUUCGGGCAUUCCUGUUGACACAGAACUGCAGGCUGAAGUGUUGCCAACUUCGUCCAGUGGGACAGAAGGCGACUGGCUGGUGAUUAGAAGCUCUUGGGCCUCCUCGCCUCCACUAAGCCUGCCUGUCCGAGUCGCUCCAGGGAAGAAGGAUGUCCAAAUUCGUCAAGGACACUACGAGCUCAAAAUUGGGAUUGCGAAUUCGCAGGCUGCGAGGUCUUCUUCACCCGAUGAACCUACCCCAUUGAUGUCUGCUGAGCAACUCGUAUCGUUGAAGCCGACAUCCUGGUCCUGCAUAUCCUGCUCUCUCCCCCUCGUCCACAUCCCAAAGUUGAUAAAAUACCGCGACCUCCCAUCAGAACAUUGGGAAGAACUUGUCGAUUCCUGGAUGUGCCAUGCAGACCAAACACUACAUAAUCACGUCGCAAAACAUGGCCGCGGGUUCUGGCCGGAGGAGAGCGAAGCUCUGGUUGGAUGUGGCUACAUCCUCUUCCAGCAAUCGGCAAUUGUAUCCAAUAAUCUCUCCUGCACCGAGCAGCCUCUGGUGAAUAUGCAUUUUCUAUCGAACUCGUGUGAAGAGUCGUGGCUGGCACGAUGUAUAUGUGGUGCAAUGAUUGGUCGGCGGCACGAACGACACAAUCCAGAUGGCACAGCUUCAGUGAUGUACCGUUUAUUCAAGUAUGCGGUACGGCCAAUCAGUCAAAUAGCGGAACUUCCUCGAUUCCCGAUGUCUGCAUUCAUCAUGCAAGACAUGCUCGAGCAUGUAUCUGCUCAUGCAACGUACCGCUUUGUUAUCUCGGAUGAAGAGGAGGAGCGGCCGCGACUUCUGAUAUGGCUGUUCAAGCCGAAGAUACGUGUCUCGUAUAUGCUCACUACGCCAUACUUUCUUCCGAAGCAGGGCUCCAUCGAUGCGUCAAAGGUAUUGUACAGGAUUCUGGGGCCAUCGUCGUCGACGAUAGAUUUGAAAGACCUACUGGCUCGAUACCCUGGGUUCCCUCAAGCGGAGCACCUCUUCUAUCCGAUCGACGUUUGUCGCAAGCUCGCGGGACUCUUGACGGAGAGCACACAUUCGUAUCCAGAGAACAUAAAGACAAUGACAGGCUUGGAUGUUGGCUGGUUGAAUCGUGGAUCGUGA